GAAUCUUAGACCUUUGAAUAAGUUCAUUUCUCACAGAGAGAGGUUUUUGGGUGUCGGUGUGAAGCCGGUUCUGCGUCCACAGAUCCACGCAGUAUGAGGAUCACCGGGAGCCACGUGUGCCUGGUGCUGCUGGCCGUCACGCUGUCCGCGGCGCACCAGUCCAAGAAGAGCGGCAAGCGGAGCGACAAUGGCACAGCCUGGAGCCAGGCGAAGAACAGGCGGCUCUUUGCGAGGCAAAAGAUUCAAAAGAUGUCAGCACCGCUGGAAAAUCGCAUUCCAAGACACAAAGUGGAGUCGAUGACCGUGGCGCGCCGCUGCAGCCACCUGAAGGAGACGUGCUCCACGCUGGUGUCGUGCUGCGACCCCUGCGCCGCCUGCCGCUGUCGCCUCUUCAACACCAUCUGCCACUGCUGGAGGAUGAACACGCGCUGCUUCAAGAGGAUGUAGCGCCUCAGGCGGGCCACAGACGCGCUUGCGCCGAGGCUUCGCAGCACAGGUGCACUUCAUAGAAUGUUAUUACACUUGAGAAGAAACCAGAAACACUUUGGACAACCAUAAAAGAAGCCGAGAUGAAAGUGAAGGACUCCAUUCUUUCCGUGCGUAACGGUAUACUCUGGAUGAUAUUUAUAAGCGGGAAACAUAUUCUGACGUUCUCCAAACAAGCGACAGUACACUUGUCUAGCAU